AUGUCUCUAUCAGUCCCAGCUUUAGACGGAACUGAACCUGUCCCUGUGGAAAUUGAUCCAGAUUUCCAGCCUCAAGCUCGGCCGAGGUCUUGCACGUGGCCCCUUCCCAGACCCGAACUCUCUUUUGUCCCUCCUACAGUCUCCUGCGAGGAAAGUAGAACAGACACCCCCCCUCCACAUGUACCCUCCCUUUUGCCCCCAGAGGGAGUAGAAAGGUCCUUAGGGGAUGGGCCAGUGACUUCAAGGAAAGGGGGAUCAAGGAGAAAUGCUUGGGGGAACCAGUCUUAUGCAGAACUGAUCAGCCAAGCAAUAGAGAGCUCCCCUGAAAAGCGUCUCACCCUGUCUCAGAUAUAUGACUGGAUGGUCAAAUCUAUCCCCUACUUCAAAAACAAGGGCGACAGCAAUAGUUCUGCUGGCUGGAAGAAUUCUAUCCGUCACAAUCUGUCCCUGCACAGUAAAUUUAUUAAAGUUCACAAUGAAGCCACUGGAAAGAGUUCCUGGUGGAUGUUGAACCCAGAGGGAGGAAAGAGUGGAAAAGCCCCUCGCCGAAGAGCAGCCUCCAUGGACAAUAGUAGCAAAUUAGCCAAAGUGAGGAGCAAGGUAUCCAAGAAAAAAUCAGCAGGUUCAGGGGAACCUACUGCAGGUAGCCCUGGUUCACAGCCGCAUAAGUGGCCUGGAAGUCCCUCUUCACGGAGCACUGAGGAAUCUGAUGUAUGGACUAGCUUCCGGCCCCGUACAGGAUCCAAUGCCAGUAAUCUCAGUGUUCGGCUGUCCCCCAUUUUGCCUGAACAGGAAGAUCUGGCAGAUGAAGAGCUCCAUUGUAUCUCUUUUCCAAACAGUUUUCCCCCUACUGUUACUGAAGAGUUGGAGCUGAUUGAUGGUCUUACUAUGUUGUCAUCUGGUCCCCCACUUCCUGCAUCCAAACCACUUCUGCAAAGAGCCUCUAGUUUUUCCAUGCAUUCUUCCCAGGCUAUCAACUAUGGUAACUCCCUCUUCAGUCCCUUGGAUGUCUCCCCUGUGCACGGAUCUUCUACUCAAUUUCAGAGGCCUCAAACUCUUGAAACCCUGCUGACCUCAGACUCUCCUCCACCAAGAGAUGUCUUAAUGACCCAAGUGGACCCAGUAUUACCACAAAGUGGAGGGCAAACUCUCUCUCUACAUAUAGGUGGACAGAAUAAAGGAAGGACACCAGAUAAACCUGCUGUAUCACUGAAUUCUGUUGUAACCCCCAACAAACUUACUAUGCUAGGAAUCCCUGCAGUCCCAUCUGUACCAGUUUCUAAUUCAGGUUUACUUGGUGGAACCUCAGACCGGCUUCCAACAGACUUAGACAUUGACAUGAUCCUUGAGAACCUUGAGUGUGACAUGGAAUACAUCAUCAACAAUGAGCUGAUUGACGAGGGCGGCCUUGAUUUCAACUUUGAGCCUUCGCUUUCUGGCACCAACCAGAGUAACAACCACAGCUGGGUGCCCAGUUAGGUACAUUUCUUAGAGAGGGCAUAGAAAGAUAAAUCAUGAUUCAUAAUUUUAGCUUGUGGCAAAGAUAUAAUAAACUUUAAGCAAGUUGAAGGAAUUGUAGAAAGCAAAAUCAGUGUAAGAAAAAUGCUUAGAUGGGACAGUCUUGAUUCCGUAUAACCUGACCACCUGGUUUUUAUAGCUUACAAAAUGCAGCCAAAUAAAAAAUGUCAGUCUCUUAGAAUAUUUCUUGCCGACCCCUUCACAGUCUCUCAACUGUAUAUGAAUCCAAAAUCGAGCAUAUAUAUACCCCCAGAAGGGAUAUGUAUAAGAAGCGAUCAGCGCCUGUGGCAACAGAAAUAAAAAACAAGCAUAUGUUACAGGCCCAC